CCCGGCCCCGGGGCAUUAGAUAACCCUUUAAAAUAGUUCCUAAAAUGGUAUUAAUUGGGAAUGCAUGCCAAAAUUACGCGUUAAUCGGUGUAAUUAAUGUUUAUUUAAAGUUAAUAUUUCUAUUUUAGCUAUUUUAUCCAACACCCCCAAAAGUGUUUGUUAGCUUUUGCAAAAAUAAAAUGUCACAAUUAUACACACAAAUAACCUUCAAUAACCCGUUCCAGUACAAUUGUACAAAUGUAAUUUUCAAUUCAAAAAGGCAAAAAAAAAAAAAAAAAAAAAGAAAAGAAAAGAAAUUCCUUGUCUAUUGAGUAUUGACGGAUCGCGCAGUAGGCUGAACUUUGAGAUGGCUUCACCGUCGUCGUCGUCUUCCUCCGCACACACUCUCUCUCCUGCGCUUAACAGCUCCUAACAAGAACUCAUCAAUGGCAAAUACAUGGAUUUUCUCUCUCCUAAUUGUAUGCUGCUUCAUCUUCUCCACCUUCCAAUUCGCUUCCAGUAACGAAGAAGCACAAAAGGAGGAGUUCAAUGAAGAACUGCUACUGAAACCGUUGCCCGAUCGGAAAGUUCUAGCGCAUUUUCACUUUGAUUCUAAUGCUAAUUUCUCUUCCUACAAUGGCGGAUACCAUCUCCAUCUCUUUCCUAUGGCUAUUUAUCAGCUUGUCCACAAAUUUCAAAUCAAGGAAAUGGAACUGUCUUUCACUCAGGGUCGCUGGAACUAUGAACGUUGGGGUGGGUUUGAUCCUAUUUCAAGUAGUAAUGCAAAACCUCCGGGAGUUGAAUUGUGGGCAAUUUUUAACUCUCCACCGUCUCAGGUUGAUGCUUUAUGGAAAAAUUUGACUCACACUCUAUCGGGUCUAUUUUGUUCUUCCAUCAACUUCCUGGAGUCUUCAACUACUUAUUCUGCAACUGACUGGGGAUUUCGGGCAUCUUCAGGCAAUUUGAGGUAUGGCACAUUGCCCCGUGAAGCUGUUUGUACGGAGAACCUGACUCCGUGGCUAAAGUUACUGCCCUGUCGAGACAAGGCUGGUCUUGCUGAGCUGAUGGAUAGGCCAUCUAUAUAUCGCGGAUUUUACCAUUCUCAGCGGCUGCACUUGGUUUCUAGUGGUUUUGAUUCAGAUACUGGUGAUUCAGAAAUUAAACUUGAACAAACACUAACUGUUGUUCUCCAGCCUGGAAGUCAAAGCUGGGCAAAGAGUUACAGCACUGGCUCUGCAAUGCAACCAAAUUGGUCUUUAAGCACAGUAUUCGGAAGGAAAGUCAACAGAAAUUGUGUUCUUGCCAAAUCUAGCAACAUUUUCCUUCAUCUUGACAGAGGCCUUGUCUCUGAACUGAAAAUUAAGGGAAUAAACCCUGAUUUUGCAGCUUCUGAAAGUUCCAGCUCUAACCUCGCGUUUGAAUUGUCUUCUAUCCCAGAUAAGGUGAUUAAAGAAGCUGAUAGUUUACAAAAUGAGGAUUCGUCUAUUCUUUAUGUGUUCUCAAUUGAGAAAUAUGCUGAUGCUAAACCAUUUGAUUUAGCACUAACUUGGAAAAUUCCUGUGGUUUGGUCAUCUUCCCAAGCACCAUUACUUGCCAAUAGAUUCUUGAUGGGAAGUGGGAAUGAAAGGGGUGCUAUAGUUAUAUCUUUAAAUUCUGCUGGUCACAAUCAGAGUUUGGUGGGAACUGGUGCUUCUGAGGACAGUUGCAACUUGCACAUCAAUGUUUUCCAAGUUGUUCCUUGGUAUGUUAAGGUGUAUUAUCAUACAUUACAGAUAUAUAUCAACGGUCAAGUCUAUCCUGCUGUUAACAUCACCAGGAAAAUGCGGGUAUCCCCUUCUGAAGACAAGGUUUCCCCUGGAGCAUUGGAGCUGGCCUUGACAUUUCCCUGCAGCAUGAAGUCAGCUUCACUUUCUUUGGACUUUGAUAAGGGAUUUCUGCACAUAGAUGAAUACCCUCCAGAUGCCAAUCAAGGUUUUGAUAUUCCUUCAGCUCUAAUUAGCUUUCCUGAUUUCCAUUCAAGCCUAAGCUUUGCUGAAUAUUCAAACGUGUCUCCUAUAUUAUCAAAAUUGCAGAAGAGAAGUCCUGUUCUGGCUUAUACAGAAGUAUUGCUCGUGCCAUUAACUACCCCAGACUUCAGCAUGCCUUACAAUGUUAUCACAAUUACUUGUACAGUAUUUGCUCUAUAUUUUGGAUCCCUGCUCAAUGUACUAAGGAAGCGUGUUGGUGAAGAGGAAAGAAUGUUGGAAGAAAGAGCCAAGAGGAAAAGUAGCAGGCUUCAUCAGCUGUGGCAAAAGUUGUUUGCUAGAUUGAGGGGAAAACCAGUGGAGCAGCAUCAGAACUCCGCGGCCUCUUCUUCAUCAACAACUAGUACUAAGCUAAUUUUCAAGGUUGCAUUGGUGGCUUUAAUAGCUGUAGUAUGGCAGUAUUACUUGAGAUAACUAAAAUUCCACCAACUAGGCCUUUUUUUUUCAUAAAUUUAUUUUUACCAAUUUAUUUGUACUAUAUUUGUUAUAACAAUGUUGUUUGAUAUAGAGAGAAAUAGAGGUAGCCAAUUUUGUUCUUCCUACAGUGAGUGUUGAAUCAGUCAUAAAGCAAGUCAGUUAGACAGUACGUUGUAAGAUUUGUAACCUGAGAUUGAUUGCCGACUUUAAGGAGAUUGCAUUUGCAGAGACAAGACAGAUUCUGGAUUCUAUUCUAGUACUCUCAGUCUCUCGCUAUAAAGCAUUCAUAUAAGACGAGUGAACCUUAAACAUUAUCA